UCGAUUUAGCGUACGGCCAUGUUAAAUCUCUAGACGGAAGAGACAAAAGCAACAAAGAAUUUCUGAAGAAACUCUUGAAGAAUUGACUUAAUCAAAUCCACGAAGAUUCAAACAUAUCAAAAUUAGAAGGUGGUACAUCCCAGAGUCCAGAAUUUCCUCAACUGAAGUGUUCAGGAACUUCGAGAGUAAAGCGAGGAAAGGCAAGACGAGAAGACAAGAGGACUCAUUUAUGGACUGUCAAUGUAGUGUUGGACAUUUAAUCCUGCAUUGUCUUGGACUGUAAUUCCUCAGUGUCAUCGUGUCUCAGCUCUUUAAAUAAGUGCAAGUGACACACGAGGUUUGAAAUUCCUCAUACAGACCAGAAUACAGGAAUUUAAAGAGCACAGAAAGAACCAUUAGCUGAGCCUUGUGCUUUUGAAUGUAAAGACUUUUUGGAUACCAAAAGAAGUAUAGAAGGUACUACAGAAUUUAUGCAAUCUGACAAGUAAAAAAUAGAGAAAAAAAGAAGCAAAUAUUUUGUAAAUUUUCAGGGAUAGUGUAAACAUUUUUGAACAGCAUUAUUAGAUUUUUGUAUCACUUGCAUUUUGAAAUCCUUGUGCAAGACCUUCACGUACCUGUUUGCUAGUUAUUUUGUACUAGGGCUCUAGGCUUUUGAAAUAUUUAUUGAUAUAAAUAUAAUUUUCUCCUAUUUUAGGAGAGUGUUCUUAUUAAAACAUUUUUACGCCAGGCACUCUUCUUUUUAAGAGGUCUGUACGUACCAGAAAUAGAAACUGUUUACAGAAACGCAUUGAGCAGAACAGUUUGAAAAAUAGCUAAGAAGUAGCAGAGAACAUAAUUUCAUUGAAACUGUUGAGGAAUACAUCUAACAAUGGCUACAGCAAGAACAGAGAUCCCUGCUUCAGUCAUGGCAAUGACCAAACAAAACGGACAGUCUAAGCCCAUGACCCUCCAGUCAGGGUCACUCACUUCCUCAACACAAUCAGGAAAAGCACCUGUUGUGCCUCUGAAAGGAAGCAGUAUACCCCAAAGCAGUGGUGGUAUCAGGUUUGGAGAUGACUGGAAGAAGUGCCUGCUGCUUCCACCGAAAGACACGAGAGUGAAAACCACAGAUGUGACUGCAACCAAGGGGAAUGAGUUUGAGGAUUACUGCCUUAAGCGUGAACUGCUAAUGGGUAUCUUUGAGAUGGGCUGGGAGAAGCCUUCCCCUAUCCAGGAGGAGAGCAUUCCCAUUGCCUUGUCAGGAAGGGACAUUCUCGCCCGAGCUAAAAAUGGCACAGGGAAAAGCGGAGCCUACCUCAUCCCCCUCUUGGAGAGGAUUGAUCUGAAGAAAGACUACGUUCAAGCCAUAGUGUUGGUGCCAACUCGUGAGUUGGCUCUGCAGGUGAGCCAGAUAAGUAUCAACAUGAGCAAGCAUAUUGGUGGCGUCAAGGUUAUGGCUACGACAGGUGGUACCAACCUGAGGGAUGACAUCAUGCGUCUUGAUGAAAUUGUUCAUGUAAUAAUUGCUACCCCAGGCAGAAUCCUUGAUUUGUUGAGGAAAGGUGUGGCCAAAGUUGACAAAGCUCAGAUGAUUGUGAUGGAUGAGGCUGAUAAGUUGCUUUCUCAAGACUUUGUGGUGCUUGUUGAGGACAUCAUCAGCUUUCUGCCCAAAAACCGUCAAGUUCUUCUCUAUUCUGCCACUUUCCCCAUCAGUGUGCAGAAGUUCAUGACCAAACAUCUACAAAAGCCAUAUGAAAUCAAUCUAAUGGAUGAGCUGACCCUGAAAGGCAUCACUCAGUACUAUGCCUAUGUAACCGAAAGGCAGAAAGUGCACUGUCUCAACACACUGUUCUCCAGGCUCCAAAUCAACCAAUCAAUCAUCUUCUGUAACUCCACCCAAAGAGUGGAACUCCUUGCCAAGAAAAUCACUCAGCUUGGCUAUUCCUGCUUUUACAUCCAUGCCAAGAUGAUGCAGGAAUACAGAAACCGGGUGUUCCAUGACUUCAGGAAUGGGUUGUGUAGGAACCUGGUCUGCACAGAUCUUUUCACGAGAGGAAUUGACAUCCAGGCUGUCAAUGUAGUCAUCAACUUUGACUUUCCCAAAAAUGCAGAGACGUACUUGCACCGCAUUGGCAGAUCAGGCAGGUAUGGUCACCUGGGUCUGGCUAUUAACCUGAUCACCGCAGAAGAUCGUUUCAACCUGAAGGGCAUUGAGGACCAGCUGAUCACUGACAUCAAGCCCAUUCCCAGCAGCAUUGACAAGAGUCUGUAUGUGGCAGAAUUUCACUCCAUACAUCCAGAUGAGGAGGAAGCCGCUCAAAAAGCAGCAGAGCUUAAUUAACUUCUGACUGGAGAAUAAAUGGACCGAUGCUUGGCAUUCUGCACAUUUUCCUACUGAAGACAGGCGCAAAGAUGUUUUAGUUUUUGUUUUGCUCAAGUAAUUGCUCCAUUGGUCUGGAACUCCCAAAGUUAAAUGUGAUCAGCUGCUGAAAGUUAGGGGGCCAGUAUAAAGUCAUUAGAUUUGUUUUGUAUAAACUCCCAGACGUCAAGCCAGGCAGCUUACCCAUUCCUACUUGUAGCACAAUAGAAUAUUGGAAAAGACCGCUCCAAGUCUGUAUCUGCUGUUAGUUUAAUUGGUCAGAACAAUGACAGAUAUAUUUAGAAGAGGGGGAUGACAAAAGAAAUGCCCAAGCCCCGUAAGCCCCAGUUCUUCAAGUUCAUCAACUAAUUUGAGGGUUUUUGUGCAUCUAAUGAAGUUCUUUCUCCUCAAAGAACUAAUUUGUUACAUGCAUUGCAGUUGAUCAGGGAUAACCCGAAAAUCGGUAUACCAAUUCUAAUCUUCUGUUGGUUGUUUAUAGCCUUAUUGUACAUAUCAUUUUAGGAAAGGGUGAAGGCUGGUGCUUGUUUUUCUCGUCAGCGGACAAUAUUUAGUUUAAAUUUCAUUGGCUUGCUUUUGAGUUUCUUAUGUUGACCCUCACCACCAUGUCAUCUUUACUUUCAAAAGCCCUGCAGCGCUCGGACAUCAAGACUUCUUUAAAUUGUUUGGUAUGAACAUUGCACCACUCUCACUUACAGCUGUUUCUGUCUCAAAAAGUGCCUUAAUCUCUUAUAUGCUUCCUCUGGUUAGGAGGGAGCGCUCUAGGUGUGCGGUGCAAAAAAAGGCUUUGUCAGAAUUGACAGUGGAAGAAACUGUUAGAUUUGGAUUUGCUUUAAUACCUCAAACCCAUAAAUCAAUUCUCUUAUUUUAUUGGUAAUAAAUGAAACCUACCUCAGCAUUGGCUGGGAGAGCAAUGGAAGUCCCUGUGUGUAAAUGCCAGGCACAUUUUUAAUUGAGGCAGGAUUACAAUAGUUCAUUUUUGAAAUAUUUUCAAAGAAUGGGAGACAGUUUAGGUUAUUUGGCAUCCUUUUCCCCCCUUUGAAUCAAAGUUAGGUAUGUGUGGGUUUGUAAUAUUUCAUUGAGCAAGGUUAUGCGAUUCAGUCUUUCCUCUUUUGUCUAAGGCACAAAGCGAGUGAUUUUACAACAUAUCAGCACACAUGCUGUGAUGAAAUGGCAGCUGUAAUAGUUAUCUUUCAGUGUAAACUUGUGUCCUAUGUCCCCUGUUGUAUGUGUUAAAUUGUGCUCUCUUUGACAUGUGUUGUGUUAAGUAGAAGCUGUUUGUUUUACUGUGAGGAUUAAUGGGAGAAUGGCCAAAGCUUUGUGCUCCAAAUGUUAAUGCCAGCCUAUCCUGUCCCUUCUCUUAUAAACAAAAUAAAGUCCAGCAUAUUCUCCAUG